AUGUCAAGUCGUUUUAACCCUAAGCUUAUUGGCCUCCAACAGAAAAUUUUAAGGGAAGCGGUUAAGUUUGUACCUCAAACUGGCUUCACUAACCUUACACUUUUAAGUGUGUUGGAAAUAUACAAUAAAGACCUAAAUGUUACUGACACUAUUAUUUCGGAAAUGUUCCAGCGGGGAUUUCCGGUUGCUUUAGUGGAAUUUAUCGUUAGAGACAGUAACAAACAUGUCCAAAAUAAGCUUAUCCAGAAAUAUGAAAAAGAAAGUCUGUUCCGUAUGAUUCAAGAGAAUGAAGACAACUACCUUUGCGGUCGAUAUCGUCUUCCUGAGGUAAAAGAAGUGGCUGUGGAUUCUAUGACUUAUAAAAUAUCUUAUUUGAACCCUUUUUUAGAUCAAUGGUCAAGUGCAGUUUCCCUAGAAUACUGCCCCUCUAACAUUCCACAUACAAUGCUUAACCUUGCGCAAUUUAUUGAUACAACUGCCUACGUAAUGGAACGCGUUGAAAACUUUGUAAAUUUUAUGGAACCAAUUAAAGAGAUUCUUAAUUCUAGAAAGAUGAACCCUUUUAUACCAACAGAUGAUAGAAAAAUAAAUAAUUACCAUAUUAAGUGUUCGAACAAUAUCGCCUUUAUGCGUACAUCCAUCCAAGGAGUUCCACUCUCAUCUGGACCACAUAUAGGUGAGAGAAGCUUUAGCUUCCCAUGGUUUAUAAAAAGGGCAAAGGUUGGUGCCCUUUAUUCAUUAUCGAUGACUUCUGUUUUAGGGGAUACUUCUACUUACAAAAAUGAAAGUAAGAAUCUUAUAAAGUCAGUAGCAGAUAGGUUAUUUUAG